GUUGCUGCUGCUGCUUACGUGUCUCCUACGUACGUGACGCCGCACCACCUCCCUUCUCUCUCUCCUCCCUUCGUGCGGUGGACAGGCUCCUUCUCGGCUAGUACUGCAACACACUGAGAUAAUGGCUGUACCUCCCACCUAUGCUGACCUUGGAAAGUCUGCCAGGGAUGUUUUUACCAAAGGAUAUGGCUUCGGGCUCAUCAAGCUGGACUUGAAAACAAAGUCUGAGAAUGGACUGGAGUUCACCAGCACUGGCUCUGCCAACACCGAGACCAGCAAGGUAGCUGGAUCUUUGGAAACCAAAUACAAGUGGGCAGAGCACGGACUGACCUUCACAGAGAAGUGGAACACGGACAACACUCUGGGGACUGAGAUCACCAUCGAGGAUCAGUUGGCUAAGGGUCUGAAACUUACAUUGGAUUCCUCCUUCUCGCCAAACACCGGCAAAAAGGGCGGAAAGCUCAAGACGGGCUACAAGUGCGAACACAUCAAUGUUGGCUGUGACGUUAACUACGACAUCAACGGCACAGCCAUCCACGGCGCAGCAGUGGUGGGCUACGAGGGCUGGUUGGCUGGCUACCAGAUGACCUUUGAGGCUGGCAGGAACAGGAUUACCCAGAGCAACUUCGCAGUUGGAUACAAGACUGAUGAGUUCCAGCUCCACACGAAUGUAAACGAUGGUACCGAGUUUGGUGGUUCCAUCUACCAGAAGGUGAAUGACAAGCUGGAGACGGCCGUCAACCUGGCCUGGACUGCUGGAAACAGCAAUACCCGCUUUGGCAUCGCUGCCAAGUAUCAGAUUGAUCCCGACGCAUCCUUCUCUGCUAAGGUGAAUAACUCCAGCCUUGUGGGCCUGGGCUACACUCAGACUCUGAAGCCAGGUAUCAAGCUGACACUUUCUGCUCUCCUUGAUGGCAAAAACAUCAACGCUGGCGGUCACAAGCUUGGUCUUGGUCUUGAAUUCCAGGCAUAGAAGGAUGGGGGG